AUGAAACAGAAACAACAGUUCAGUAAUCCUGAGAAAUUUCUACAAGCUGCCGAAAUCAACUCAAGCAUAUUAGAGAAGGGAAAGGAGAAAUGGAAACUAGAGAAGGAAAUGAAAAUGUUGAGCAAAGCUGAAUCAAAGUUGAAAUCGUCUGCAAAGAAAAAGUGCAAACAACAAAAAAGAAAUGAAAAGCAAUCUUCUGUCAAUGUUUCACCUUCUGGUAUUGAUAUGUAUGUAACCAGCUCACCUCCUAGCACUGAUGUGCAAAGUAGUGAUCCCAAUGAAAAUGAUACAAAUUUUUCUGUGUUGGUGUUGUGUACUCAGGUGAAUAACAUGUUUGCGAUGUUACUCUGAGUGCAUAUCCACACCGUGCGAGCUUGAAAAAUAUGCCCGGCCACGGUGGGAUUCGAACCUAUAACCUUUGGAUAUGCACUCAGAGUAACAUCGCAAACAUAGAAAAUGAUACAGAUGAACGUCCAUGGCCAUUACUUAGAGAAGAUGCUACUGUUGGUAUGACAAUAAACACACAUAUGUCGUCAGUAUCACCUCCGAGCACAAUUGUUAAAGGGGACUCGGAUUUUCAAAAGUCCCCCAAGUAAACAUCUUACCUUUGGGGGAACCUGCUAACAGUUACGUUCAAACUGCCUUUCAAAAUUUAGGAAGUAUGGAAAACAAAAUCUUGACUGUUGGGCGCAAGUUAAAUGCUGAUAUGUUUGUGACAUGUAUCAAAGACAUGACUUUGGAUGAAUAUUCUGUUGCUAUUAAAAGGCAUUGUAAUGAUUGCCACAAAGUUAGAAGUUGUUCCAAAUGUAAACCUGUUCUAGAAGCAAUAAACGAAAUAGGUGAAAAGGGAAUUGUACCACUGUCAACAGUUUACAGGAAGUGCUUUGGAUCAGUGUACAAAUUUGAUAAAGCAGUUCGUCGUAUUAUUCAGCUUCCUGUCAUUUUUUGUUGCUUUGAUCAGUUGUUCGCAACAGAAUAUGUUGAUGGACUUGAUUUCACAAAACUUGCUAGUUGUGUUGCAAAAUAUGUUCCACAAAAUUGUUUAUCUAGUGGAACUGAUAAGGGAAAUUUAAAGUUAUUGUGUGAGUUAGCAAGCUCUGAAAAGGACAGACAUCUAAUUCGUGUGGCAUCAUGUCAAGGGAAAUCGGGACACAAAGCAAAGCGUUUGGGAGUUUCAAACUUGAAUAAAGAGAAGAUAAUAUAUGAUGCAAUGCAGGAGUACCUGGAGAUUAAGCAAGCAGUUAAUAAGAUUGCACAGGCCAAAAUUGUGAAUAUGGAACCAGGCAAUGACUCUGAUACUAUGACUUGUGACAGCAGUGAGGGCCAAUCGUGUGUAUGGAUAACUGAUGAUGAACGUGAAGAACAAAACAUGUCAGAUGGACAAAGAAAACAGACGUGA